UGUAAAAACUCCAACAUUGAACUUUUGCUUAAUUCUCAAUUCCAAGAUUUUUGUGUAGGCAAAAACCCAAUACACCCAUUUACCAAUUCUCCCUCUCAAAAAAUCAAGGGAAUUAUUAAUUAAAUAUUAGCAUAAUUUUUUUUUAAAUAAAUACUUUCAAAUUCUUGAUUUAUUUAUCUUUUUCUAAUUUAUUUUUGUUUGAAGAAGUUGAUUGAAUGGGUACACCAGAAUUCCCAAAUCUUGGAAAACAUUGCUUUGUAGAUGAAUGUAGGCAGAUUGAUUUCUUGCCAUUUACUUGUGAUUGUUGUCAUCAGGUGUUUUGUCUAGAGCAUCGGAGCUACAAUAGACACAACUGUCCAACAGCGAACAAGAAUGAUGUUUCUGUGGUCGUUUGCCCACUCUGUGCGAAAGGAGUACGCCUUAUUCCUGAUGAAGACCCGAAUAUAACUUGGGAAUCACAUGUGAACACCGAGUGUGAUCCAUCAAACUACGAAAAAGCCACAAAGAAGAGAAAAUGUCCCGUACCUGGCUGCAGAGAGAUCCUGACUUUCUCAAACAUAAUCAAAUGCCGGGAGUGUACCAUCGAUCAUUGUUUAAAGCAUCGGUUUGGACCUGAUCACAAGUGUCCUGGACGUAAGAAACCAGAAUCAUCAGCAUUCCCGUUUGUGAACUUCCGAUCUGGCAGUAGACAAGCCGAGCCCAAGAAAGCUCCGGCCACAUCAUCCUCUAGUUGGACCUCAACCUUCUUCAAGGCAGCUGAAGCCGGAAUGGCAAAACUAGGCAGCGGAAGAGGCCAAAGCAGCAAUGCUACAAACCAUAGUGGGAGAGCCAGCGGGCAAGUUGAGCAAUGCCCACAAUGCAGUCUAAGGUUUUCUUCAGUCACGGCUCUCGUGAGUCACGUGCAGAAAGUCCACGAAAAGAACGGUGUCAUGAACUUGACAGUCGAUGUCUGCCCCAGAUGUAGUAAAGGCUUUCGCGAUCCAGUGUCCCUUGUGGAACAUGUCGAAAAGGAACAUAAAGGAACUUCAAAGGCAUAGAUGGAGGCCAAUGUAAAGAAGGAAAUUGCAGCCUUUCCUAUUGUAAUUUUUUAACUUAGAACAGUAGUCAACACAUUUGAGAAUGAGUUUUAAGUUUGAUGCACCGUCGGUGUAUUUUCUUUUUACACCAUCACGUGACUUUUAAUUGCAUUGUUUCAUUGUUUUCUUGAAAA